CCAAGCUGACCAGCCUGAAUGUGAAGUACAACAACGACAAGAGCCGAGACUUCACCCGCCUGGACCUUCCCUCUGGAGACGGACAGCCCACCAUGGACCCUGCCUUGACUGGCGCCUUCGGUGCUCCGGGUAUCAUCUCUUCGCCUUACGCUGGGGCAGCAGGUUUUGGCCCUGCUAUCGGGUUCCCCCAAGCAGUAGGCCCGCCCUUUGACCUGCUAUCGUGCGUGCCCCCAGGUCUGUCCAUGCACACGAUGACCGGUGCUCUGGGACCCCUCGCCAUGCCCGGCUCAGUCUCGGGACGGAUGACCCUACAUGGCAUGGCCCCCAUCGCUGUUCACGCCGUUCUCCUUGUCUCCAACCUCAACCCUGAUAGCAUAUCACCACAUGGACUGUUCAUCCUAUUUGGGGUUUAUGGUGAUGUGCAUCGGGUCAAGAUUCUGUUCAACAAGAAAGAGAAUGCCUUAAUCCAGAUGGCCGACGCUACUCAGGCACAGCUUGCAAUGUCCCACCUGAACGGUCAGCGGCUGCACGGCAAGGUGAUCAGAGUGACCAUCUCUAAGCACCAGACGGUCCAGCUGCCCAGGGAGGGACAGGAAGACCAGGGCCUCACUAAAGACUUCAGCGGCUCCCCGCUACACCGCUUCAAGAAGCCUGGAUCCAAGAACUUUCAGAACAUCUUCCCUCCCUCUGCCACCCUCCAUCUAUCCAACAUCCCUCCAUCUAUAACAGACGACAUCCUGAAGGAGCUGUUUGCUGGGACUGGAUACACAGUCAAGGCCUUCAAGUUCUUCCAGAAGGACCGUAAGAUGGCUCUGAUCCAGUUGGGUUCAGUGGAGGAGGCCAUCCAGGCCCUGAUCGACCUCCACAACCACGACCUGGGAGAGAACCAUCACCUCCGCGUGUCCUUCUCCAAGAGCACCAUCUGAACCGCCUCACCCAGAUCCCCCAGCCCCCCCACACCCAGGGCCUCGCUCCUGGGCUGGGCUAACCCCAUGCCCCCCCACCCACCCCCAGGGCCUCGCUCAUGGGCUGGGAUAACCCCAUGCCCCCCACCCACCCCUAGCCCCUGUUGGGAGUGACGGACAGAAACACCCACUUUUACUUAAAACAAACAACAGACAAUGAACUAGUUUAGAUGAUAUUGUUGUGUAAUAGACUACUGUAACACAAGGCCUUCAGACAGAGACUGAUAUAGAGACAGAGCUGAAGUAGGCUGGAAGGAGAGCUGGUUGAUUGAUUCAGGGCAGAGAGAACAACGGUGAUGUGGGCUGACAUGGUGCAUCAGUGCAUCCUUUACCUGGCAUUCGAGGACCCUAAUCCAGGGAGAGACUAGACCCUAAUCCAGGGAGAGACUAGACCCUAACCCAGGGAGAGACUAGACCCUAAUCCAGGGAGAGACUAGACCCUAACCCAGGGAGAGACUAGACCCUAAUCCAGGGAGAGACUAGACCCUAAUCCAGGGAGAGACUAGACCCUAGCCCAGGGAGAGACUAGACCCUAACCCAGGGAGAGACUAGACCCUAACCCAGGGAGAGACUAGACCCUAAUCCAGGGAGAGACUAGACCCUAAUCCAGGGAGAGACUAGACCCUAACCCAGGGAGAGACUAGACCCUAAUCCAGGGAGAGACUAGACCCUAACCCAGGGAGAGACUAGACCCUAACCCAGGGAGAGACUAGACCCUAAUCCAGGGAGAGACUAGACCCUAGCCCAGGGAGAGACUAGACCCUAACCCAGGGAGAGACUAGACCCUAACCCAGGGAGAGACUAGACCCUAGCCCAGGGAGAGACUAGACCCUAACCCAGGGAGAGACUAGACCCUAAUCCAGGGAGAGACUAGACCCUAACCCAGGGAG